AUGGGCAUGGAAGAAGCCCUUCCAGUUCGGCAGCGAGAAAAGCUCAGAGACGAAUUACUGGCAAAAAAAGACCGAUUCGUCCUUGGUAUCCCUAAGGUUGAGCUUCAUCUUCAUCUUGAAGGGACAUUGACGGCCGAGCUACGAUGGAAGUUGACUCGAAGAAAUGGAACCACGCUCAGGAUUGCCAGCCAUGGUCCAGAGCUUACUAGUCUGGAGGACACGCAGGCUGCAAUGGACCUGCUCCGGCCAGAUCCUAGUCGUGUCAACAAUGACGAAGAGCGAUUUCAAUUCUUUGAGGCCUAUUACGAAGGCUUUGAGGCUGUCAAAAUGAAGGAAGAUUUCUUUGAUUUGGCCAUGCACUAUCUGGAACAUGCUGCCAAGAUGAAUGUUCGUUACUGUGAGCUCUUCUUUGAUCCUCAAGGCCACACAAGUCGCGGAACUUCUUGGCAAGUAAUGAUGGAUGGUUUCCGGGAAGCUCAGAGAAAGGCCGAGACAGACCUAAACGUGUCAUCAGCAUACAUCAUGUGCUUCCUCAGAGAUCUCUCUCCAGAAUCGGCAAUGGAACACUACAAGGCAGCACUGCCCUACCGCGAUAUCAUCGUAGGCAUCGGUCUGGAUUCAAAUGAGGAGGAUCGACCACCGAAACUUUUUGACGAAGUCUUUUCCCUGGCCAGACGUCAUGGCUUCAAGCUUACAAUGCAUUGCGAUGUUGAUUCAAAGAAUGCACACGAACACAUCAAACAGGCCGCAUCUGCUGUUGCAGGUAAUGGACUUGACCGUAUUGACCACGGUCUUAACGCUGCGGAAAACCAGGACUUGAUCGACCUGAUCUUGAAGCGUGAUUUAGGCAUGACUAUCUGCCCUUGGUCAUACCUACGACAUACGACGUUUGCUGAGCUUGGCCCGAAGAUCCGUACCCUGUAUGAUGCAGGAAUCAAAAUAAGCAUUAAUAGCGACGAUCCAGCAUACAUGGAAGACUGCUGGAUCUUGGAAAACAUACUACUGGUGAAGCAUCUGUGCGAUUUCGACGACAACGACGUUGCUACCUUGGCAAGGAACGCUGUUAACUCAUCCUUUGCAAAGCCUGCCGUUAAGGAGAAAAUCCUGCAAGAGAUUGACGUGGUUUACAACAGAUUUCACCCUCCACAGUGA